CACCCUAGUAAACAGCUGUUUGUGAAACGUGGCGUCGGCGGGCAAGCAUUUCACGAUUUCAUGGAAUCAUACUGAAAUUUCUUGGUUAAUUUUCGUGUAUAAUUGAAUUCAUGAAAUUGUAUUUGUACAGCCAAUUUUAAAUGAAAUGAUUUCGUUAAUUGGCCUACGCAUAAACGUAGUAAUAUAUGCGUAUUUUGCUUCUAAAUAACUUUGUUUUGUGGUAAUGCAAAGUGUUGAGACGGAAAUUGAUGAAUUGCAUGAAUUGAUGAAUAACAUGAUGAAUUGGUGAUAACAAAUUGCACCGUAAAACUAAAGAGUUGCAAAAAAAAACCAGAAUGGAUGCAUUUGGUUACUACAUAGACGACUGCGUGCACUUGUUUGCUACCAUUUUUGUUGCUGAUGUGUUACUUCGCUUUCAUAAAGCACUAUGGGAAUACAUUAAAUAUAAAAACCAUUAUUUGCCUGAAGAUCGUCUGAAAAUAAUAUUGUUUCGCGCUUAUAGUUACAAUGUGGCUACAAUGGUGGUUUAUGUGAGCAUUUUUGCUGUUGCUGUAGUACGAGCUGGGCUCCCACCUGCUAAAUAUUUUUUAUACAUGCCGGUUUUGUGGUUAUUUUGUCUAGCACGAUUGGAACAUAGCACCCUCGAUUAUGCCACGUUUAUUCGAGGAAAUCACGGCUUAGAUUCUGCAUCAAGUAUGGCAGCUAAUUUCUUUCAUGGGUACUUGAAACAAAUACUGGCACAAUAUAACAAUAGUACAGGAAUAAGAGAACGCAUUGCCCAUUAUGAGCAGACACAUGGUGUGAAAUUUGCGCUGGACCGUCUGGUUGUACUUCUUUCGAGCCAACUUUACAUAAGUUCGAAAUUCGAGAGCCCUUAUAUUGAAAAGGCAGAGCCACUCCCCAAAGUGUAUAUUAACCGGGCUGGUGUAUAUCGUCCAUAUCAAAAUGAUGUUUACCGCUUCACUAAACCUAUCAACAAUCGUUUUUAUUAUUUGGCGCUGGAAGGAGCUACACCAAUUCUAACGUUUUUCGAAGCAUUAAAUUUUCCGUUAACUAGAACGAAGGAAAUUGAAAUAAUGAAACGCGAGAUUCUUUUAAAAUUUUGCAAGUAUUUGAGAAAACUAGUUUUUGAAUGGCCAGAAACAGAAGCCCAAAUUGAGUUAAUUUUCUACGAUGACCGCAAACCGAAUGGUGAGAAGCAAGAUAUUGGCGAGAUGUUGUUUACUCAUUUCGAAAGUUUAAUGCUUAAAAAGGAUAUGUUAAAAUCAAACGGAACUACAGAGAAUAUUGCAAACGAUAAAGACGAUAUGGCUUUUACGCUAUGAGUUUAUGUACCUACAUAUGCAUGUUUCCAUUCACUAUAUAUGCACAUUCAUAUACAUAUACUACAUUCAUAUACACAAAUCUGUGAAUUUAAGUAAAAGUAAAUAACAAAUCCGUUAAUAAACCUGUUUUUUAAGAAAUU